AGAGAGAGAGAGAGAGAGAGAGAGAGAUCAGGAUCUAGUUCAUUAUUUCCGAUUGCGACCCGAUUGUGCAAUGCCCGACCAAGGCAGGAGAUGACAUCCACCUAGAUUUUCCCACUUUCUUACGUUCUCAAUUAAACGAGUUUAUCUUCUUUUAUUCGUGGGUACAUAAUAAAUUUAAUGAUCUCAUUUGCGUGAAAGCUUUAUGAUAUUGUAGGGCCAAUAUUUUAGCCUUUCACGUCUCCAAAACUUGACUAGUUUUGGGGGCGACUUUCUGGCCAAUUGGUUGUGCACGGGCAGUAGGCUUAGUUUUUCCCCGGGCACUGAUGAGUACAAACAGGAUCGACGGGAGACUAAAAACUCAACGUCAACGGGAGAAGAGAGAGAGAGUCAGUCCUAACCGUAACGGAGUCAACACACAGCAGUCGCCGGGCGCCUGGGGAUCCACGAGAUCUACGCCGUUGGAAGUGAAAGGUGCCAUGCGUGUCUACAGCUGCAAGACUUUGACCAUUAAUUAAUUUGUUUUAUGAAGGGGCUUUUAGAUAUUUUUGCACUGUUACUAGAAUGCAAGAAUUUUGUCCAGACUCAUUUUGGAAUUCAACAUUGUCUUGGGACAACAGCUGGCCUCAGUUGACUGUCUGCUUCCAGGGCUGCUUCCUUCUCCCUUUGCCAUGCUACUUUUUGCUCCUGUUCUUGCCUUUUCACCUAUGGCACCUAUUGACAUGGCAACCUUUAGGGAGUCCUACCAUGAACCUACUGUUUGUUCUGAAAAUGUUAUGUUGUGCUGGUCUCAUGAUCACGGAGAGUGCCUACAUCGGUCAGUUGGUGCAAGGACACUGGGACGAGACUCCAAGUUCUCUUGUGUAUGCCAGCAGCAUGAAACUAGCAUCUUUUGGUCUAUUGCUUCCGGUGAUAUUUUUGGAGUGGAGGAAAUGCAGGAGACAGUCCCCCGGACUUCUGCUCUUUUUCCUGUUGCUCUUGUUGACGCAUAUUGUGCCUCUAUAUUCAAACAUUAUUCUGGAGGUAUAUGAAGAAGAGACAUCCCUCUUUGUCACAUUUGCUGUCAAUUAUGUCGCUAUUCUGACCGGAACUGUUCUGCAUUGUUUCAACUCCAGGAUAAAAGCCUGGGAGGUGCAAUCUCCUGAAGAAGGGGCAUCCAUUCUGUCCAAAGUGACCAUGUGGUGGACAACCAGUUUGAUCAUAUCUGGAUAUAAGAAGCCCUUAACGGAGAAUGAUGUCUACCCCCUGAGCACCAAGAUAAGAUGUGGCACUGUAUUCCCACAUUUUUUGCACCAUUUGGACAAAGAAAUACAAAAAUGCUGGCAAAAGCAAUCUGCUUUGGAGAGAGCACCAGGGAACAAAGGUUUAGUGGACUACAAGAAGGCAAGGGGGGCUGACCUUGCUCAGAAGAAAACUAAGGCUGUGUCAAAUGGGGAAGUGCUGGAUGAUGAGUGUGGAAAAGGAGACAGUAGUGCCGAGAAAGAUAGAGAUGUGAGUGAAAAGUUGCUUGAUGACGAUGAGAUUACAGUGGAGAUCAGGACUGGAUCGACUAAGUCAGGGUCUGCAGAGACAGGAGCAGGCUCUGCAUUCUUGUGGAAAGUGAUCUUCCGCACCUUCUACCGUUCUGUCAUCUUCUGCAGCGUAAUGGCUCUGAUAGCGACGUUCUUCAGUGUGAUGGGUCCACUGCUGGUCAAAUAUUUGAUAUUGUUUAUCUCUGACAAGGAGGCGCAGUCCUGGCAUGGUUAUUUGCUGGCUGUCGCACUGUUUUCCACCUUUGGCAUUGCACACAUUCUCUCUGAGUUUUUCUACUACCAGUGCAACAAAUUUGCUGUGACAGUGAAUACAUCUAUUCUUUCUGCAGUAUAUCAAAAGUCUCUUCGUCUGAGCAGUGAGGCCCGCCAGUCAACAUCUGCAGGGGCAGUAAUCCAACUGAUAUCGUCUGACAGUAACAGUAUUUGGGGUCUCUGCAAUGAGAUGUUCAUGCUGCUUCAGUGUAUUCUUCAGUUUUCAGUGGGUGUCGCCCUUGUUUACCAGGCAAUGGGUGUGGCAGUUUUUGCUGGUCUGAGUGUGUUGGCAGUACUGUUUGUGAUCAAGUCAAUCACCUUGAGGAAACACGCUCAGCUUGACCAGAUCAUGAAGAAGCAGGCGGACAAAAGGCUCAAGGUCAUCACCGAAGUUUUGAGUGGCAUCAAGGUACUGAAACUCUAUUCAUGGAACGCAGCGUUUAAGCGACUCAUCAGUGAAAUAAGAGAAGUGGAACUUACUGCUUUGUUCAAAUUUGAUAUGCUGGGUUUGGUCAUCACGUACAGUUGGACCGGAGCCAUUUUCUGGAUGGUUUUCUUCAUUUUCGUAACGCACGUGCUAGUGGAAGAUGACCAUCGCUUGGAUGCAGCGACAGUGUUCGUUACAAUGGCCUACUGUACAUUCAUUAGACAAGCUGUCAACAAAUCGGCCUAUGUGUUUGGCUUCAUUGUCACUGGUAUAGUGUCUGCCAAGCGUAUUGGGAAGUUUCUACUCCUGAAAGAGGUGACAAAUACUGAGGUCCAAGGGGAUCCUGCUAAUGCAACUCUACCUCCAGGUGUCGCUCUACAAAUCACCAACGGUCAGUUCAGCUGGGACAGGAGCAAAGCCCCCACUCUCAAUAACAUAAACCUGAAAGUAUUGGAGGGCAGUUUGACUGCGGUGGUGGGCAUGAUUGGCUCUGGAAAAUCAUCGCUGAUCUCUGCCAUGCUCCAGGAGAUGUCCAUUCUGUUUGGGACUGUGGAGAGCAAGGGCACUACGGCAUAUGUCCCCCAGGAAGCCUGGAUUCAGAAUGAUACGGUGAAAAAUAACAUCCUGUUUGGUAGUGAAUUCGAUGAGGAGUUGUACUCGAAGGUCAUCGGGGCCUGUGCUCUGGAACCUGACCUAGCUGUGUUGCCUGCUGGGGACCACACAGAAAUUGGCGAGAGGGGUGUCAACUUAAGCGGUGGUCAGAAGCAGCGGAUCAGCCUGGCCCGAGCGACGUACCAACAGUGUGACUUGUACCUCAUGGACGACCCUCUCAGCGCAGUAGACAGCCACGUGGGACGGCACAUCUUCCAGAAUCUUGUCGGACCCGGUGGCUUGCUGAAGGACAAGACAAGAGUCAUGGUGACCCACGGCCUCCACUGGCUGACAGAGGUGGACCAAGUCGUGGUGAUGACUGCUGGUCAAGUCACAGAGCAGGGCUCCCUGGAACAGCUGAUGCAACACCAUGGCCCUUUUGCCCAGUUUCUAUCACAGUAUGUGCAACAGCAGCAGCAGCAACAACCAGAACAACAACAGCAGCAGCUAGAGUCUGGAAGUGGCGACAACGUCCAAGCUUCCGCGGACGAGGUGUGUGGGAGAGAGAGUUCUGUGUCUGUGCAAGAUGCUGAGGAAGAAGCUGCUGAGCUGGAUGGGGAUUCGUCUGAGGAAAUACGUCAGAAACUUUUUCAGCGUUUGAUUUCCGUUCAGUCAUCAUCCUCUGAGGUGGAUGAGGCAGUGGGUCUUGAUGCUGCUACUGGGACAAACAGGAAUGCCAGUGAGGUUACAGCUUUCGGGCAUACAGAGAAAGAUCUUGUCAAACAUGAAACUGAGGAUGAGAGCAGUCGCUUAAUUGCGGAAGAAGAACUGGCUCAUGGAAGAGUGGAGUGGUCAGUGUACGCUGCCCUGUACCGUACUAUGGGCGUUGUUCCAAUGACUAUCAUGGUCCUGCUGUACAUCAGUUACUUCGUCUUUGACCUGGCCGAUGGCUUCUGGCUCACCUUCUGGGUAGAUGACCCGGUCUUGAGCAACGUGUCGCUGCCGGGGGACAGCGAGCUGCGACGUGAAGGGAACAACUACUACAUCACUACUUAUGCCAUGUGGGGCAUUCUGGAGACGGUGGUGAUAGUCGUUUACUCUGUGAUCAAGGCGUUCCGACACAAGAUCUUCUCACAAUCUGUCCACGCAGACAUGCUGGACAGCGUCCUGUACAGUCCCAUCCAGUUCUUUGAAACGACGCCCAUGGGCAGAAUUUUAGCUAGAUUCUCCAAGGAUAUAAAUGUGAUGGACAUGACGCUGUUCCUCUUCAUCGAGAUCUGGCUGCACAGUUGCAUCGGCAUCCUCUGCAUUCUCAUCACCAUCGUCAUCAAUCUUCCAAUCUUCCUCGCUGCUGCAGUGCCCAUCAUUUGUCUCUUUUAUGUCUUGGAGAGGUUUUACCUGCCCACGUCGUGCCAGCUGCGCCGACUCCAGAGUAAGUGGCUCUCCCCUGUGUUUAACCACGUCAGCGAAUCACUGGCCGGAGUGAGUGUGAUCCGGGCACUGGGCCAGGAAGGGAGAUUUAUUCAUUUAGCGGAAGACAAAAUCGACUUCAGCCAACGUUUCAAACUGGCAGCUUAUGCCUGUGAGAGGUGGUUGUCGGUGUGGCUGGGACUGUUGUCCGACGUCCUUAUCCUGUGUACCGGUGUCCUGGCCGUGACCUACCGCGAUGAGCUGACCCCUGGUCUCACUGGACUCUGUCUCAGUAUGGCUCUCAUUAUCACUGAUCAGAUGCAGCUUCAGGUUCGAAUUGCGAGCAUGCUGGAGAUGGAUAUCGUGUCUCUUGAAAGAACCCUGCAGUACAGUAACCUUCCGUCAGAGGCUUCAAAGUACCAGAUGAAGUCCGACUGUUCUCGCUCAUGGCCUGAGUCGGGCAACAUUGAGUUCCAAAAGGUCAGCCUCCGUUAUCGGCCCGGCCUCGACCCUGUGCUCAAAGAACUGACUUUCAGCAUCCAAGAUGGAGAAAAGAUUGGGAUUGUGGGCAGGACAGGAGCAGGUAAAUCCUCCCUUCUCAUAGCAUUGUUCCGCCUGAUAGAGCCCAGCGCAGGAACCGUGUUCAUCGACGGCGUCGACACGACCAAGGUCAGCCUUUCUGACCUGCGGCGACACCUCACUAUUUUACCUCAGGACCCAGUGUUGUUCAGCGGGACCUUGUGGAUGAACCUUGACCCCCUGGGCUGGUUCCCCAACACGGCGGCGGAGCAAGCAUUAAGGAACAGCCAUUUCUGCAACAAGAACAGCGGCAUGUCAUGUGACCUCCAGUUUGCCGUGGAGGAAGGCGGGGAGAAUCUCAGUGUUGGACAGCGUCAAUUGGUAUGCCUGGCCCGAGCCCUGUUGAGACAGCCAAAGAUUCUGGUCCUUGAUGAGGCAACAGCAGCUGUUGACAUGGAAACAGAUGAGCUCAUCCAGAAGACUAUAAGGGAAGAGUUCAAAUCCUGCACUGUGCUCACCAUUGCUCACAGGCUUCAUACUAUUCUUGACUACGACAAAGUCAUGGUUCUGGACCGGGGUCAGCUGGUGGAGUUUGACACCCCAGCCAGCCUGCUCGCCGACACACAGUCCCAGUUUUAUCAGAUGGCCAAAGAAUCACGAAUUGUGUGAUCAGAGACUGGACUUUUUUCCGACAGAUCAUUCAACUGGAUAGACAAAAUUUUUGAAAAUGUGUGCUUGCUUUCCUUAUAUUGACAUAAAAGUUAAAAACCAUCAGAUUUGUUGUGUGGUUAUUGGUUUUCUGUGAAUGAACAGAAUCUAGUGCUUAUUUUCGGUAUUUGCAUUACUGUUGAAAAAUGUCACUUUUAUUGUACAGCAGUUUAUUUUUGCUUAUUUGGUGCCAUUGUGGCGAAAAUAUUUUAUUGAGUUUCACUGUCUUUGCACUGCUAUGUAGUUUGUAUCCAUCAUGAAUCAAGUAGGCCCCGACAAGCGAUCUGGGUGGAAGUUGCCAGCCUCCUAAAUUAACUGAAAUUAUUAAUGGAGGCGUAAAGCAUUUGCAGUUUUGAUUUGAAUGAUGAUUUUUAUGCUUAAUGUUUGGACUUACUGGAUUCAUUUCUUUGAGUUACUUUUUUUAUUCGUACAUCAUGUAUCCCACAGUAUGUGAUAUCAUUUUAUUUUUUUAGAUCCUGUUACAUAUACUCAUGUACAUGUUGUGGUUAUCUGUUGAUACAAUUUUUGUUGUUAUUAUCUGUU